AUCUCCUGUGAUUGUUUUUGUUUAUUGUUUAUGUAUUGCAAAAUUUGCAAAAUCACUUCAACAACAGAUUUUCUGUAAUCUGUAUAUAUUAUCGAGUAUUUAUCAAUUCAUUAUAGAAGAAUGAACGGAAGUGGCAUUGAAGUAUUUAAUAUUGAACAGAAAAUCUCCUCUGAUCUUCAGUGUUAUGAAAUAUCAUUACAUUAAUGUUUCCAAAAUGAAAUCCAUUUAUACAUUUAUUUUUUUGUCAUUGAUCCUUACAUCAAAAAACAGUUAUGCAUAUAAGCCUGUAUUUUUAAUGCAUGGUAUAGUAACUGGUAGCAUAAGUAUGGAUCUGAUUAAGUCCAGAAUUCAGGAGUUGCAUCCGGGUACUAUAGUAUACAACACAAAUAAAUUCAGUGGAUGGUCAAGUGUAGAAAGUAUGUGGUAUCAAGUACAACAACUGCUAUUAGACAUUAAGAAUAUAACUGAACAACACCCUGAUGGAAUCCAUUUAUUAGGAUAUUCUCAAGGAGCCCUGUUAGCUCGCUCAAUAUUACAAGCAUAUCCUGAGCAUAAUAUCAAGAAUUUCAUAUCACUGAGUGGACCACAGGCUGGUCAAUAUGGAACACAAUUCUUGCAUUUAAUAUUUCCUGGCUUAGCUCUUAAAGAAGCGUAUGAAUUGUUUUAUUCUAGAGUUGGGCAACACACAUCUGUUGGGAAUUAUUGGAAUGAUCCAUUUCAUCAGGAAUUAUAUCAUAAUUUUUCUCAGUACCUACCUUAUAUCAACAAUGAGUUGAAAUCCACAAGAAGUGCUCAAUUUAAAAAUGCCUUGACAAAGUUAAACAAGAUGGUUCUAAUAGGAGGUCCAGACGAUAAUGUCAUAACUCCUUGGGAGUCUAGUCAAUUUGGGUUUUAUAACGAUAAUAUGACGGUGGUCAAUUUGAUCAGCAGGCCUCUAUAUCAGCAGGAUUUGAUAGGGCUGAAAACCCUUGAUGAAAGUGGACGUUUAGAUCUCAUCACUGUUCCAGGAGUCAAUCAUUUCAUGUGGCAUCUCAAUGUUUCCAUUGUAGAUAAUUACAUCAUAAACUAUCUCGAUUGAAUUUUAUUGUGAUACUGCAAUUAAAAAAUUGUAGCAAAUAUAGGUGCCAUUGAAAAUAAUAAAUACUCUGCAGUGAAAA